CGGUUUGGUGGAAGAGUAAAGAUGGCGCCCACCCACGUAUUGAGAUGCUGUCAACGGGGCUUAGCUUGGAUACCUGUUAUUUUUAUCGCCCUAGUCGUAUGUUGGUCUUACUAUGCGUACGUCGUAGAGCUCUGCAUUUUCACCAUCCCCAGCAUAGCAGAAAAGAUCAUCUACAUGGUGUUCUUCCAUCUGUCCUUCGUCAUGUUUGUGUGGUCCUACUGGAAGACCAUCUUCACCAGACCAGCCAACCCCUCCAAAGAGUUCUGCUUGCCUAAGGCAGAGAAGGAGCAGUAUGUGAAGGAGGAGAGACCAGAGUCGCAGCAGGAGAUCCUGUGGAGGGCUGCCGCUAACCUGCCCCUCUACACACGCACCGGGGCUGGAGCGAUCCGCUACUGUGACCGGUGUCAGGUGAUUAAACCAGACCGCUGCCACCACUGUUCUGCCUGCGACAUGUGUGUGCUGAAGAUGGACCAUCACUGCCCCUGGGUGAACAACUGUGUGGGAUUCUCCAACUACAAAUUCUUUAUUCUGUUCCUGUGCUACUCUCUGGUGUACUGUUUGUUCAUUGCAGCCACCGUACUGCAGUAUUUCAUCAAGUUCUGGACACUUUGCCGGAGGAAAUCGGCAGAGAACUGCCCCAAGAAUGAGCUGCCAGACACUCACGCCAAAUUCCAUGUCUUGUUUCUCUUUUUUGUGGCGGCCAUGUUCUGCAUCAGCAUUCUCUCCCUCUUCAGCUACCACCUGUGGCUCGUAGGGAAGAACCGGUCCACCAUAGAGGCAUUCAGGGCUCCAGUGUUCAGAACAGGUUCUGAUAAGAACGGUUUCUCUCUGGGCUUUGGGAAGAACAUCGCCCAGGUGUUUGGAGACGAGAGGAAGUUCUGGCUGCUACCCAUCUUCACCAGUCAGGGUGAUGGACUGACGUUCCCAUCACGGCUUGUCAACAUUGACCCAGAACAGCCCACAGUCAGCUUGCAGCCAGAGGCCAAUAAAAGUAUUGAAGACGUCCCGGCCAGUCCUCUCAGCGAGUCUCAGAACCAUCUCCUUGGCAACGAGCAGCAUGCCAACAACGUCACAGAACACCUGGAGAAUGACACUGGGAGUGAGACCAUCACAAUCAUCAUGGAGAGGGAGUCAUAACAAGGAGAAGAAACCAGCCAUCUAAUAUGAUGCCUUAAGUAUACCACCAUUUUUUCUUUUCUUUGGCACCAUGGAAACAGUCUCCCAACGCGUCCCUGUAGUUCCGAAAAUGUCACACUCAGCAUAACCAUGGAAACGGACUCCUUUCACGCAUCACCAUAGAUAUAGCCUUGUCUUUUAAUCAUCAGAAAGUUAAACACACAACUAUUUAUGCAGUUGCACAGAAGAACCACGCACAGCCUACUGUAAGCAUAUUUUUAUUUUAGUUGACUGUGACCCGAUUGUCCACCCAGGACUGUUAAUGGAUCUCAGCAUCACUUGAUGAUGGCAGGAAAAGUAAUCAGUCUUCACACUUCAGAGUGGAGAAUGCCUGUGCCAAAAGCUGACAGACUGGGUGUUAAAUGGACCAGGGCUGAGGAAGGACCUGGACUGGGAGAAGACUAAAUCUGAGCUGGGAGGUACUGGGACAUAAUAAUUUUGUACAGAUUUUUCACCCAACAUUUAUAAAAUGGAUGUUAUGAAGCUGGAAGAUAUCACCAAGAAACCUAAUUUUGUUUACAAAUAAUUUAGGGGUGUUUGGUUUGUACUAUCGAUAGACGUUACAAAGGGUGCCUAAAAGACAACCUGGACUAUACAAAGAAGACCCAUUGGAGGGGAUGCUGGACUAAACCAAUUUUAAAGUGAAAUGGGGGGUCUCCAACCGGGUUUUGAUCAUGUCAUCACACAACAUGGCGCAUUUGCACUCUCAUGAUUACGUUUUAUUAUCCAUCAUGUUCUGCAUUCUUCAUGUCCAAAAACAGAUUAAGAAAGGUGUGUCCUUGAGUGGGUGUGUGUGUAGUCAGAUUUGUGAAGAGAGGGUGUGUGUGUGCGUGCAGGCAGGUGCUUGCUGUAACUAACAGCCUAGAAGGAUCAGCUUCAGAUGUUAGUUGAUGGAUGGAUUGAUAGUUUGGUUUACAUUCAUUCCCAAGCUGCUGAAGGGUGUCUUAUGUGAGAGUAUACAGUAUAGCCUCAAGCUCCUCAACCAGUUCUAGCUCAUGGUCAAGUUAUUACACGUUGAUCAAUGAUUAUUUUUAACGUAUCAGAGACUACAACCUUGAACAUCACUUUUCUGAAGGCUGUGUCUGAAAUUACACCCUAUUUCUCCAUAUAGUGUACUUUUGACCAGAGCUAUGUAGGGUUUGUGGUUAAACUAGUUUGUUAUAUGGGGAAUAGGCUGUGAUUUGAGAUCAGCCUGAGGUCACCAUUCAUUGCCAAAUAAAGGGCUGACCAAUCAGCUGCUCUGACCUCUGAACUGGGAGUGUUUACAACACCAGAUACCAUAGAAUUAGAAUCAUAGACCAUUGAAUGGGAAUGUCCAUUUUAGUAUUCUAGUCAUUCUAGUUCUAUGCUUAAUACAUCUCUGCUCUCACGUCAUUGGCCUGUGUCAUGGAAACCAAAUUAAACUGCUUAUCGUUGUGACUUGAUGUUUUUAAGGUUUACCCAUAUGUGCCCAGUGCCUACCUGUUGAGGCUUGGCCACCCUGCGGUACUGACGCUGGCCAGCAGGUGGUGACACCUCUCAGCUGUCUAGCGACCUUCUGUUGUACAGUACUUGUUGUUCCUCCAAAACGAGGUGCCUCACAGUUUAGGUCUAAAGUGGACCAGUAUGUAUUAUAUGCAGUAAGAUUCCCUGUGGUGUGAAAGUGUUCGGGGCUCAGUUUGCGUGAACUGUGAGGUGGUGGUGUAGUGUGUCCAUGUGUCAAAACAGCUGUGAUUGGAAGGUGUCAGUGACAGGGGUGGACAGAAUCUGCGGGGGGGCAUAUUUUCCUCAACUGGUUUUAGAUAAAUGGAAAAGCGUUUCAAAACUUUACAGUUUUAUCCUCAGUUGAAGUCAAAAGUGAAGACAACCGUUAUAAAGGUAGUGAUAUAGGACAUUUCCCGUAGAUUACUCCUGGCCAUAGCAAUGUACAAGUUUACAGACCAGAGGUGUGGGGUAAGUUAGUUGUAGGCAUAGAGGUGUGUGUCAUUGCGUAUUGUGGUUUAAGUUCUGAAUGUAAUAAGGAGGGAUAAUGAUGAUAUUUUAUACAGUUAUGGAACCCCUACCUCUAGGUUCUUGUGUAAUUCUGGAACGAUUGGAUAUGUAUAAGCAAUAUGGUGAAAAGCUACCACCAUAUUGCUUAUACCUAUCCAGUCCUUUGCAUCUCGACAAGUGCUCUUGGUUGAGUGGCAAGGGAUCCAAUUUGGAAUGAGGCCUUUGAGUGUGUGGCCUUUUGAACCUCCUCUAGUUGUUCUUUCAUUCUAGUUUGAACUCCUGGCCCCGGCGAUGGUCAUUGUUUGUUUAGCUCCUCCCUCAUAAGCCAAUGAACCCGAGACAGGAUUAUUUCACUCAGAAUGGUGUCCUUGGUUAUACUGAGGUAAGGUUGCUACCGGACAAGGUUUAUAAAUUCACUCUGCUGGAACUCUGAAUAGUUAUCCCUGUGUUCUACACUUUGUGUUCUAGAACCCAUAAUUAAAAUGCUGUUUCUUUUCAUAUGGCCACAAUUUUUUCUACCUAAUAGAUUUACUUACAGCUCCACUCCGAACUACUUGACCCAGAGACUAAGAACUCGUUGUUUGACAUUAAUUGGAGUGCUCCGUUUUAAUUCUGGGAGAAUACACUUCAUUAAACACACGUGGCCUUUACAUUAGAUUUUGAUCAAAGUCUGUGUAAAUAACAUGCGGCUAAUGCUCAUCAGCAUGGAGCUCAGCUGGAAAUGUGUUUAUGGGGAUAGAUGGGAGGUUGUGGUGUUAAAACAGCCAUAUUAUUUAUACAACUAGAUCCAUUUAUUUUGACCCUACAAGACUCCAUCAACUGUUCCCACCAUUAUACCUGAAUCCACAAUAGUGACUCCUGUCAAAGGGGAAGAAGAUUCGGAUCAUUCUUGUCAUAUUUUAGGGGGGUUGAUUUGACUAACCCACACCCAUGUGUCUUCUGCAUGUACAGUGCAGAUGUAUUUGUACUCUGCUUAUUGCAAGCUUUGACCUAUAAUUUUUUUCAAUGUCAUGUUUUACAAAGUGUACUGUGUGUAAUAUAUAUAUAUAUUGAUAAUGUAAAAAAAAAAGAAAAAAAAGGUGUCAGCCUAUCUAUUUUUCUUGUCUGAUUUUAAUUUUUCCUGUUCCUAUUUUGUGAAUGAAGUACAUGCCUCUAUAAACUAUUAACGUGAAAAAAAUAACAAUAAAUGUUUUUUAAAACCUG